AUGGUUCAAGCCAACGGAUCAAAUGGGUCCGAGUCUGUUGGUGAGGGACAUCCAGACAAGAUCGCUGAUCAAGUCUCCGAUGCUAUUCUCGAUGCAUGCUUAGCUGAGGACCCUCUCUCCAAGGUUGCUUGUGAGACUGCUACCAAGACUGGUAUGAUUAUGGGUCUUGGUGAAAUUACCACCAAGGCACGUCUCGAUUACCAAAAGGUUAUCCGUGGAGCCAUCAAGGAUAUCGGAUACGAUGACUCUUCCAAGGGUUUCGAUUACAAGACUUGCAAUGUUUUGGUUGCCAUUGAAGAACAAUCCCCAGAUAUCGCUCAAGGUCUUCACUACGAGCAAGCUCUUGAGCAAUUGGGUGCUGGUGAUCAAGGUAUCAUGUUCGGUUAUGCCACUGAUGAGACUCCUGAAUUAUUCCCUUUGACCCUUCAAUUGGCACACAAGCUUAACGCUGCUAUGUCCGCUGCUCGCAGAGACGGAAGCUUGCCAUGGCUCAGACCUGACACCAAGACUCAAGUUACCAUUGAGUACAAGCACGACAACGGAGCUGUUGUCCCACAAAAGGUUCACACUGUUGUCGUCAGUGCUCAACACGACGAAAACAUCACCACUGAGUCUUUGAGAAAGGAGAUCUUGGAGAAGAUUAUCAAGAAGGUUAUCCCAGCUGAAUACUUGACUGAGGAGACCAUCUACCACAUCCAACCAUCCGGACUUUUCAUCAUUGGUGGACCUCAAGGAGAUGCUGGUCUUACUGGCAGAAAGAUUAUUGUCGACACAUACGGUGGAUGGGGUGCUCACGGUGGUGGAGCUUUCUCCGGAAAGGAUUUCUCCAAGGUCGACAGAUCUGCUGCCUACGUCGCUAGAUGGAUUGCCAAGUCUUUGGUCAAUGCCAAACUUGCCAGACGUGCUCUCGUCCAACUCUCAUACGCUAUCGGUGUUGCUGAGCCACUCUCAAUCUUCGUUGACACAUAUGGUACCUCCAGCAAGACCUCUGAUGAACUUGUUGAGAUCAUCAGAGCCAACUUUGACUUGAGACCUGGUGUCAUUGUCAAGGAGCUUGAUUUGGCUAAGCCAAUCUACUUCAAGACUGCCAAGAACGGUCACUUCACCAGCCAAGAAUUCAGCUGGGAGAAGCCAAAGACCCUCAAGUUCUAA